AUGAAUCCUCUACCUGAAGAUCACCAGUUCACUCACCCGGAGUUGAGUUACGAGGCUGAGCCAAAUUUCCAACCAGCGAUCAAGGUUUCAGUCUUUUUCCGCAAGAAGGAAGGAAUUUCACACGAGGAGUUCUUCAAACAUUGGCAGACUGUUCAUGCGGAUUUGGCCGUUGCUACCAAGGCCUUCCAGCACAAUAUUCUCCGAUAUGCUCAGCAUCACCAAACCCCCGAGAUGAAGGCUCGCAUGACAGGCAUAGGUGAAAGUGUCCUCGAUUACGAUGGGUGUGCCCAGCUAUGGGUACGAAACUGGGAUGGCUGGUUGGGAUUUUGUCAAAGCCCGGAAUAUUCAGCCGCGCUGGGUGAUGAUUGCAAUCGGUUCAUGGCCAUGCCAAUGACCUAUAUGAUUGGCUAUGAAAAUCUAGUCGUUGGCGAUGCUUCUCAGGCCCUUGGUGGGAAGAGUGGGUUGUCGACAAAAGCCACUUAA